GCCGCCCCUGUUUAAAGUGAGUCUGAACCUUGUCUUGAUGUCUAGUCUCUCUGUUGGGGUGCACACGGGUUGACCACUCCUUUGGGCUUUUCUUUUCACGUCGGAUAAUUGGGGGGGAAACCAUAAUCCACAAACAUGACUGACGCGCAACAAGAGGCCCGCUCCUAUCUGAGCGAGGAAAUGCUGGCUGAGUUCAAAGCCGCCUUCGACCUGUUCGACACCGACGGUGGCGGCGACAUCAGCACCAAGGAGUUGGGUACCGUGAUGAGGAUGCUGGGCCAGAACCCGACAAGAGAAGAGUUGGAUGAAAUCAUCGAGGAGGUCGAUGAGGAUGGCAGCGGUAGCAUCGACUUCGAGGAGUUCUUGGUCAUGAUGGUGAGGCUGCUCAAGGAGGACGAGGCCGGCAAGAGCGAGGAAGAGCUGUCAGAGUGCUUCCGUGUUCGAUGCGUGAACGGCGAUGGAUACAUCGACAGAGAUGAGUUCGCCCAGAUCAUCCGCAGCAGCGGGGAAUCCAUCACAGACGAUGAAAUUGAUGAGCUGUUGAAGGACGGAGACAAGAACUCCGACGGCAUGCUGGACUUUGACGAAUUCCUCAAGAUGAUGGAGAAUGUGCAGUAAAACAAAUAGGACUCAAUGGACAUUCCUCCAACCUCCUGUGAAAACCCCUUUCUGAAUAAAUCUGCACCACGCUCUACCCUUACCUCUAUUUCACUGACUCACGAA